GUUAAAAAUCUCUAAGAGCCUGAUUUUAGAAUUCACCAGCUCAUCAGAAGUUUGGCGAAUAUGAGUUAUUAAGCCUACGCUCAGAUCAAGUUAGCAGCUAGACUGGUGUGACUGCCUGUUUUUAAUCAGUGACUCAAAGCUGUGAUCACCCUGAUGUCACCGAAUGGCCACAGCUUGUAAAAGAUCACCAGGAGAACCUCAGUCUGACGACAUUGAAGCUAGCCGAAUGAAGCGAGCAGCUGCGAAGCAUCUAAUAGAACGCUACUACCACCAGUUAACCGAGGGCUGUGGGAAUGAGGCCUGCACGAAUGAGUUCUGUGCUUCCUGCCCGACGUUUCUUCGUAUGGAUAACAAUGCAGCAGCUAUUAAAGCCCUCGAGCUUUAUAAGAUUAAUGCAAAACUCUGUGAUCCUCAUCCCUCCAAGAAAGGAGCAAGCUCCGCUUACCUCGAAAACUCAAAAGGUGUCCCUAACAACUCCUGCUCUGAGAUAAAGAUGAACAAGAAGGAAGGACAUGGGGCAAGAGUCGAUUUUAAAGAUGUGACUUACCUAACAGAAGAGAAGGUAUAUGAAAUCCUUGAAUUAUGUAGAAGAGAGAGAGAGGAUUAUUCCCCUUUAAUCCGUGUCAUUGGAAGAGUUUUUCUUAGCGCAGAGGCAUUGGUACAGAGCUUUCGGAAAGUCAAACAGCACACUAAGGGAGAACUGAAAUCUCUUCAAGGAAAGGAUGAAGACAAGGAUGAAGAUGAAAAGGAAAAAGCUGCAUGUUCUGCUGCUGCCACGGAAGAUGACUCGGAAGCGUCUUCGUCACAGAUAGGCGAUUCCUCCCAGGGAGACAGCAGUGCACAGAAACUGGGCCCUGACGAUGUUUCUGUGGACAUCGAGGCCAUUAGAAGGGUCUACACGAGAUUGCUGUCCAAUGAGAAAAUCGAAACUGCCUUUCUCAACGCACUUGUGUAUUUGUCACCUAAUGUGGAAUGUGACUUGACCUAUCACAAUGUGUACUCCAGAGAUCCUAAUUACCUGAAUUUGUUCAUUAUUGUAAUGGAGAAUAGAAAUCUCCACAGUCCUGAAUACCUGGAAAUGGCUUUGCCAUUAUUUUGCAAAGCAAUGAGCAAGCUGCCCCUUGCCGCCCAAGGAAAACUGAUUAGACUGUGGUCUAAAUACAGUGCAGACCAGAUUCGGAGAAUGAUGGAGACGUUUCAGCAGCUUAUUACUUACAAAGUCAUAAGCAACGAGUUCAACAGCCGAAACCUAGUGAAUGACGACGAUGCCAUUGUUGCUGCUUCAAAGUGCUUGAAAAUGGUUUACUAUGCAAACGUGGUGGGAGGGGAAGUGGACACGAACCAUAACGAGGAGGAUGACGAAGAGCCCAUUCCCGAGUCCAGUGAGUUGACACUGCAAGAGCUUUUGGGAGAGGAGAGAAGAAACAAGAAAGGUCCUCGCGUGGACCCACUGGAAACGGAACUCGGUGUUAAAACGCUAGACUGUCGGAAACCACUCAUCCCCUUUGAAGAGUUUAUUAACGAGCCGCUCAAUGAUGUUCUAGAAAUGGAUAAGGAUUAUACUUUUUUCAAAGUAGAAACAGAGAACAAAUUCUCUUUUAUGACGUGUCCCUUUAUAUUAAAUGCUGUCACAAAGAAUUUGGGAUUAUAUUAUGACAAUAGAAUUCGCAUGUACAGUGAACGAAGAAUCACUGUUCUCUACAGCUUAGUUCAAGGACAGCAGUUGAAUCCAUAUUUGAGGCUCAAAGUCAGACGUGACCAUAUCAUAGAUGAUGCGCUUGUCCGGCUAGAGAUGAUCGCCAUGGAGAACCCUGCAGACUUGAAGAAGCAAUUGUAUGUGGAAUUUGAAGGAGAACAAGGCGUUGAUGAGGGAGGCGUUUCCAAAGAAUUUUUUCAGCUGGUUGUGGAGGAGAUCUUCAACCCAGACAUUGGCAUGUUCACAUAUGAUGAGUCUACGAAGCUGUUCUGGUUUAACCCGUCGUCUUUUGAGACUGAGGGUCAGUUCACUCUGAUCGGCAUCGUCCUGGGCCUGGCGAUCUACAACAACUGCAUCCUGGAUGUGCACUUCCCCAUGGUGGUGUACCGGAAGCUGAUGGGCAAGAAGGGCACUUUUCGGGACCUAGGAGACUCGCACCCAGUCCUGUAUCAGAGUCUGAGAGACCUACUGGAGUACGAAGGGAGUGUGGAAGAUGACAUGAUGGUCACUUUCCAGAUAUCACAGACAGACCUUUUCGGUAACCCAAUGAUGUAUGAUCUCAAGGAAAAUGGUGAUAAAAUUCCAAUUACAAAUGAAAACAGGAAGGAAUUUGUCAGCCUGUAUUCGGACUACAUUCUCAAUAAGUCCGUAGAAAAACAGUUCAAGGCUUUUCGGAGAGGUUUUCACAUGGUGACCAACGAGUCCCCGUUGAAGUACUUAUUUCGGCCGGAGGAGAUUGAGCUGCUUAUAUGCGGAAGCCGGAAUCUCGAUUUCCAGGCACUGGAAGAAACCACAGAGUAUGAUGGUGGAUACAGCCGGGACUCCGUGCUCAUCAGGGAGUUCUGGGAGAUCGUCCACUCGUUCACAGACGAGCAGAAAAGACUCUUCCUGCAGUUUACAACGGGUACAGACAGAGCACCCGUGGGCGGCCUGGGGAAGUUAAAGAUGAUUAUAGCCAAAAACGGCCCCGACACAGAAAGGUUACCUACAUCUCAUACUUGCUUUAAUGUCCUUUUACUUCCGGAAUAUUCAAGCAAAGAAAAACUUAAAGAAAGAUUGUUGAAGGCCAUCACGUAUGCCAAAGGAUUUGGCAUGCUGUAAAAACAAAAAAAGAAGAAGAAAUUACAAAUUUUAAUAAAUAUAAGAGGGAUAAGUUUGGUGGUGAUAGUGUCCAGUACGAAAAGGCUGUGCGACAGUGAACCGCAGCGGUCACCUCUGGCUGUCCUCCCUUCUCUGUUGGGGACAUGUGGGCUGGAGCAGAUUUCAGCUACAUAUAUGAACAAAUCCUUUAUUAUUAUUAUAAUUAUUUUUUUGCGUGAAAGUGUUACAUAUUCUUUCACUUGUAUGUACAGAGAGGUUUUUCUGAAUAUUUAUUUUAAGGGUUAAAUCACUUUUGCUUGUGUUUAUUACUGCUUGAGGUUGAGCCUUUUUGAGUAUUUAAAAAAUAUACACCAACAGAACUACUCUCCCAAGGAAGACGUCCACCGUUUGUAGACCGUGUAACCUCCAGUAUGUGCUGUUCGUCCCUGUAUCCAACUCAAAUCAGGAGCUGUAUCUUUUUUUUAACGGUUUGCUUUUAAAACUUGAAGUCUUGCAAACAGUGUGAUGCAAUUACUGCUGUUCUAGCCCCAAAGCGUUUCUGUGCAAAAUCUUGAGAAUCAAUAAAGAUGGAAGGGAGAGCCUG